AUGGAGAGGAAGACAGUGAUGGAGAGCGAGAGUUGUGAUGGAGAUGGAGAAAGACGCAUAAGAGUUGUGAUGGAGAGGGAGAGUUGUGAUGGAGAAGGCACGGAGAAGGUUCAAUUCGGUGAGAUAUCAUUUUCUUGUCCCUAUGAGAAAACUACUGUGCUGCAUGCACCCAUAAUUGCACCUACCUACCGGAAUCCGUUGAAAAAGUUUGUUUCCGAUGCGUCGUCGCCGGCACCAGUAAAUCGGAAACAGGCCCCAACGUUCUCGGAUGAGGAGAAGAUAGAACAUAUGAGAUUCGCACAAGUGAAGAGUAAGAAGGAUUUUGUUCACUACGAGAGAGUGGAUGGGAAAGAGAUAAACGUGGUUGAAGGUGUUGAAUUACAUACUGAAAUUUUCGACGCAAAAGAGCAAAUGAAGAUUGUUGAAUGUGUGUACAAGUAUCAACAAUUGGGUCGGAAAGGGCAGCUUAAAGCAAGAACAUAUUAUGAACCAAAGAAGUGGAUGGGGCGCAAAGGGCGUACAAUUAUUCAAUUUGGUGGUUGUUAUAAUUAUGCAGUGGACAAAAAUGGCAAUCCUCCUGGGAUAAUAAGAGAUGAAGAAGUGGAUCCAUUGCCUGCUUUAUUCAAACAAAUGAUUAAGCGGAUGGUCAAAUGGCAUAUUUUGCCUCCAACAUGUAUCCCUAAUAGCUGCAUUGUGAACAUUUACAAUGAGGGUGACUGCAUUCCUCCUCAUAUCGACCAUCACGACUUUAUUCGACCGUUUUGCUCUGUAUCGUUUCUAUCAGAAUGCAAUAUUAUUUUUGGCUCGAGUUUGAAGAUUCUUAAUCAUGGCAUUGGAGAAUUUUUCAGUCCAAUCUCGGUACCUCUACCAGUCGGAUCGGUGCUUGUUUUACAAGGUAAUGGAGCUGAUGUUGCAAAGCAUUGUGUACCUCGUGUUCCAUCUAAAAGAAUUUCCAUUACUUUUAGAAUGAUGGAUGAAAGCAAAUUGCCUUACAACUACAAACCUGACCCAGAGCUUAUGAAAAUUCAACCUAUUGUUCUUCGUCCCCUUCAAUUUAAAGAAUCAUCAACUCCACAAAGAGUUGGCAAGAAUGAAAAGGUAGUCAAGCAUGAUAAACCCUAUUAUUCUUCUCAUGCACAUGCAACCUACCAAAACAUUAUCGCUACAAACGAAGAAUUUCCUCCCCUCUCGAAAGCUACAGUUCUUCAAGCAAGAACAAGAGUACUAAUCAUAUAGUCACUGGCCAUCAUAAACAGUUUAGCUUGUACCCUUACAGG